GGGGCCUCGUGGACGGGGGCUGGGGGGGGGGCCCCAGCAGCAGCAGCAGCAAGGGCCCCAGCAGCAGCAGCAGGGGCCCCAGCCACAGCAGCAGCAGCAGGGGCCCCCAUGAGGGGGGCCCCCGAAGAAGCUCCUACAGCAGCGAGGCCUUUGCUGAGGGGCCCCCCUUCCGGGCCGAGGGCUAUGAGUACGAAAGACCCUUCAGCAGCAGCAGCAGCAGCAGCAGCAGCAGCAGCAGCAGCAGCAGCAGGCUGCGGCAGCAGCAGCGCAGCAGCGGCGAGGGGUCCCCCCCCUACUCCCGCAGCAGAUACCCCAGGACCCGCAGCGGGGCCCCCGAGGGGCCCCCCCACUACUCGAGGGGCCCCCGGGGCCCCAGCCAGCAGCAGCAGCAGCAGCAGCAGCAGCAGCAGCAAGAGGGGCCCCCCAUGAGGGGUGGGGGGGCCCCCUACGGCUACGGGGGCCCCCACUACGGGGACGCCCUUGCAGACGCAGCAGCGGGGCGCUACCACCAGCAGCAGCAGCAGCAGCAGCAGCAGCAGCAGCAGCAGCAGCAUGGGUACGGCUCCACAGGACUCCCCGAGAGAGACGGCGCUGCUGCUAGGGGCCCCCUGCCCCCAGACUUUGGGGGGCCCCCCCCCUUCUUCUACGGCCACGGCGGGGAGGGGGGGGGCCCCCCGCUGCCCCCGUGGCCCCGCGGCUGCGGGGGCCCCCCGGGGGGCCCCCAUGGGGGCCCCCAUGGGGGCCCCCAUGGGGGCCCCCAUGGGGCCCCCCGGGGGCCCCCGGGGGCCCCCGGGGGCCCCCGCAGCCGCGCAGACUUUAGCCGCAGGGGCCCCGGGGGUAUGAGCGACAGCAGAGGCAGGUGGGGAGGGGGCCCCAGGAAGCAGCAGCAGCAGCAGCAGCAGCAGCAGCAGCAGCAGCAGCACAGAGACAACUGGGGCAGCAGCGCCGACCAGCAGCACUAUCUUAAUAGGGCUCUCAGCCUUCGAGACGCAGAUAUGAGACCCAGUUUUGCUGCUGCUGUUGCAGGGGCCGGGGUGGUGCUGCUGGGACUUGCUGUUGCUGCUGCUGCUGCUGCUGUUUUGAGGAGGCUGUGUCGGAGCCCGUGGCUGGUGCGGGACGCGGUGUACGUACACCCGGAGCAGGAGAGCCAAAGGCUGCUGGAGCUCUUUCAGCAAUUUGCUGCUGCUGUUAGGGAGACGCAGGCGCGGCAGCACAGGGAGGAGCGGCACAGACACGAGCAGCAGCAGCAGCAGCAGCAGCAGCAGCAGCAGCAGGAGCUGCAGCGCAAGCAGGAGCUGCAGCAGCAGCAGGACAAGCAGCGCGCCCAGCAGCAGCAGCAGCAGGACGGGGAGGCCGCCGCGGCGCUGCAGCAGGAGGGCGCUGCGGCCACGCCGCCGCACGAGCAGCAGCAGCAGCAGCAGCAGCAGCAGCAGCAGCAGGACCAGCAGCAGGACCAGCAGCAAGAGCCCGAGUCGAAGCAGCAAGCCGCCGCAGCGCAGCAGCAGCAGCAGCAGCAGGCGUCUCCGGCGUCGGCGGGCGACGGCGCCGCCGCUGCUGCUGCUCUGACCCCGCCCUGCUCCGCCUCCGCAGCAGCAGCAGCAGCAGCAGCAGCAGCAGCAGCAGCAGCAGAGAAGAAACCCCACGUGUGGCCCUCCAGACUUCCUGCUGCUUGGCGGGGGGCCCUGGGGCCCCGGGCCCGCCCCGCGCUGCUGCUGACUUCGCUGCCGAAUUUGCGCUGCAGGCCUUUGCGGCAGCUGCUGCUGCAGCACUUCAGCAAGUGGAACGCGCCUCCUGCUGCGCUGCUGCUGGGUGUGUGCCCUGGGAGCGGCCGCUGCAGCGGCUGGGGUUUGCUGCUGCUGCAGUCCUUUGAGGCCCUGCGGCAGCUGCUGCGGGUGCCGCUUUUCGUUUGGGCUGUUGAUGAUGCAGCAGAAACUCUAGCCUCCCUGAGGAAGCAGCAGCAGCAGCUGCAGCAGCAGCAGCAGCAGCAGCAGCAGCAGCAGGGAGGCCAGCAGCAAGGCGAGCCGCCAGCAAAGAAACUCAAUGGAGGAGCAGCAGCGGACUCGCAAGCAGCGCCCGCAGCAGAUGCUGCGUCUCCAACCGCAGCAACAGCAGCAGCAGCAGCAGCAGCAGCAGCAGCAGCAGCAUCACCGACAGCAGCAGCAGCAACAGCAACAACGGAUCGGAAGCCAAAGGGCGAAAGAUGUGUGCAGCUCCAUUUGCUGCUGUGGCCAGAAGGGCAGCUGCGGCUCUGCGCACGCAGUGUGGAGUCUGCUGCUUCUCUAGACUGGGGCGAGGGGCUCUGCGCCGCGCUCAGCCGCGACGCCCUCGAGGCCUCUUUGGAGCAGCCGGUGCAGCAGGAGUCUGCAGCAGCAGCAGCAGCAGCAGCAGCAGCAGCAGCAGCAGCAGCAGACACGAAGGGGCUCGUGGCUGCUGUUGACGCAGCAGGGUUGAUCCUACCCAACGGGGGGGCGCUGCUGCCUCCUGUUGCUGCUGCUGCAGCAGCAAGGAAUGGCUACAGUCUCCUCGCUGGCAGCAAGCACCUCUACUUCAGCCUGCCCCCUGCUGCGCUGCAGCAGCUCGUUAUUCAGGAAGCAACUUCUCUUUCUGAGGAGGACUCUGCUGCAGCAGCAGCAGCAGCAGCAGCAGAAGCAGCGCUGCCCGCAGCAGCAGGCGGUGCACCUGCUGCUGCAGCAGAAGCUUCCGUGGACAGCUCUAGAAACGAGCAGAGCAGCAGCAGCAGCAGCAGCAAUGACAGCGGCAACGCCGCAGCAGAAGAGGCUGCAGCAGCAGCUGCUGCUGCUGCUGCAGUAGCAGCAGCAGGAGAUGUGGCUGAAGAGGCGGAAGCAGACGUGUCUGUUAACUACGAAAUCUUGCCAUCUCAAGGAGAAGAGACAGAGUGGUUCCCGUGGGCUGCCUUUUUGUCGCGAGCAGCAAAACAUGCUGGUGCUGCUCCUGCUGCUGCUACGGCAGCAGCACUGCAGCGGCUGCUGCAGCGGGAGUCAGCGAGGGGUUUCUACCCUUCUGAGUGGCUGAGCUACGAGGGGUUCGCCUUCCCAGGGCAGUUUGCGCUGCCUGCUGCUCCUGCUGCUGCUCCUGCUGCUGCUGCUGCUGCUGCUGCUGAGUCGCCGCGGGAAGAAAUAUUUGCUGCCAGCCACUUGCUGCGGGUGCUGCACCUUCCCAACGCCUUGGCUGCUCAUUUGCUGGCGCAGCUAGAUGCCUUCUUAGCCUCAUUCGCGAAGGCCCACUGGGGAGAAGCUGCUGCUGCUGCGCUGCAGCAGCAGUUGUGCGGCUGGCAGCUAUUCGAGUUCGCAGAGACAGCCAGAGCGAGAGGAGAUGGCUGGCUGCUGCUGCCGAGGUGCAUGGAUGCUGCGGCAGUCUUGCGGGCCCUGAGUGCUGUUGCUAUUGGCUGCCACCGCAGCAGCAGCAGCAGCAGCAGCAGCGGCGUUGCUGGGGCAGCAGCAGCAUCUUUAACGGACGGCGAGUCUCAAGCAGCAGCAGCUGCUGCUGCUGCUGCUGAGCACGGGGUGCUGCUGCCCGUAACGGCUUCCUGGGGGUCGUGCGUCGCCGCAGCGCAGCCAGUCAGCAGCAGCAGCAGCAGCAGCAGCAGCAGCAGCAGCAGCAGCAGCAGCAGCAGCAGCAGCAGCAGCAGCGAGGAGCCUUGCGAGGUGGCGCUGCCCACGGCCUACUUCGGCUUGUAUCCGCUGCAGGUGUCUGCUUCGCUGCUGCAGCGGGACUUGAGUUAUGUUUGCUGCUUAGUAAAUCAUGUGCUGCUGCAGCUGCUGCACUGCAUAGCUGGGGCUGAGGCCCUCAGCAGCUGCAGCAGCAGCAAGGGCUGCUGCUGCUGCGACAGCAGCAGCACGCCGCCAGCUUCCGAGGGCCCGCGCUGCGUCUGUCUGAGCAGCCGCAGCAGCACUGCAGCAGCAGCAGCAACAGCAGCAGCAGCAGCAGGGCCUCGGCGAGCAACAGCAGCAACAUGGCUGGGGGCCCUCUCACUGCUGCGGCUGCGGCUGCCGCUGCCUUUUGCUGCUCCUGCUGCUGCUGCAGCAAGCUGCAGCGCAGAAGCAGCAGAAGGCCAGCCCAUAAGGCCCCCGCUGCUGUCGCCUUCUCAUCUUUUAGGGACUUAUUUCUUUGAAGAAGAUCUUUUCUUUUUGCUGCCUCCCGUCCAGCGCUUCUUCGCCAAGUGCAGCAGCAGCAGCAGCAGCAGCAGCAGCAGCAGCAGCAGCAGCAGCGCGGAUGGAAGCCACGGCGACAGCGGCAGCGGCAGCGGGCCGCUGGGCGAGCAGCAACAGCAAGCAGCAGCAGCAGCAGCAGCAGCAGCAGCAGCAGCAGAAGCUGACAAAGACGAGCUGGAGACUGCCUGGAGACCCCACAGUGGAGCCACAAGCCGCCAGCAGCAGCAGCAGCAGCAGCAGCAGCAGCAGCAGCAGCAGCAGCAGCAGCAGCUUUAUGAAGUUGUGGCGCAGCCGUCUGCAGCAGAUCUGCACAAAACUCACGUAACGCCUGAGCUGCUGCUGCAGCUGCAGCAGCAGCAGCAAUUUAGGUUUGUGCCUUUGUCAGCUUUUCUCUUCACUCCUCACCACCGCCGCAAGAGUCAUUUCAACGCAGCAUCUGCUGCGCUGCCGCAGCGCAGGCAGCGCACACGGCAGCAGCAGCAGCAGCAGCAGCAGCAGCAGCAGCAGCAGCAGGGGAGGGGUCAGGAGCUGCAGCAGGCAGAGAGCGCUCAAAGAGCUGAGGGGCACAAAGAAGUGCUUCAGGCCCAGAUGGAACAGCAGCAGCAGCAACAGCAGCAGCAAGAGCAGGAAACUCUAGGAAUCAGGCCAGCAGCAGUUGCUGCUGCAGUCUGCGCUGCAGCAGCAACUGCUGCAGCAGCAGCAGAGGAGGCUGAGCGGCGCGAAAUGGAAAGUCAAUUAGCACUAGAUGAGCAGCUGCAGCAGCAAGCGUUGCAGCAGCAGCAAGAGCUGCAGGAGCAGCAGCAAGAGCUGCAGGAGCAGCAGCAAGCGCUGCAGGAGCAGCAGGCGUUGCAGGAGCAACAAGCGCUGCAGCAGCAGCAGCAGCAAGCGCUGCAGCAGCAGCAGCAAGCAUUGCAGCAGCAGCAAUUACUGCAGCAGCAGCAAGCACUGCAGCAGCAGCAAGACUUGCAGGAAGGGCAGCAGCAGGACCUGCAGCCGAUGCAGCAAGACGCAGCAGAGGACGUUGCAUGUGCUGCUGCAGCAAUUGAUACACUCCAGCAGCAGCAGGAGCACCAGCAGCUGGAGCUACAGCAGCAGCAGCAGCAGCAGCAGCAGCAGCACGAGCAGCAAGGAUGCCCCGUUUUGCACAACUUGCAAGAAGGGCCGCUGUUGCAGCAGCUGGAGACAGCAGCUCCUCCAGAACAGCAGCAUCUGCAGCAGCAACUGCAGCAGCAACUGCAGCAGCAACAGCUGGAGGCCGCAGUGCCUCAAGAGCAGCAGCAGCAGCAGCAGCAGCAGGAUGUGCUGUCGCCGCAGCAGCGCGAGACUCUUGCGUCGCUGCAGCAGCUGCUGCAGCAAUCUGCUGCGCAGCCAAUUGACCCCACAGAGGUCUCCCCCAUCAGCGAUGACCAGGAGGAGCAGUAA